UUUUUACCCUAAAGCAUGUUUUGUGUUCUCAACAUUUCAGGUCACUAUUCACCCUGGAAGACUCCAAAACAGGUGCUGGAGCAGUGGGAGUCCCAGCAGGGGCAGAACAGCCCCGCUCAGACCAGCCGCUCUGCUCCCAUUGUCUCCCACAGCGCCCCCUUCCCAACACCCCAUCUUCACAUGGCCUCGGUCCCGGACUCGGCCUCCGAGGCCUUGGCACUGGUCAAACCUGACCCCUAUGACCUUUUUGAGAAGUCCAUGGCUAUCUAUGAGAGUAGGCAACUUGUUCAACCAAGGACCGUUUUUCCUGUGGACUCUACUGGAGCAGAGUACCAGGACAUCGAGGUCCACCUGCGCAGACAGAAGUCUGGGUUUGGCUUUCGGGUGCUGGGCGGUGAUGAGGCCGGGCAGCCUGUGAGUGUGGAGACACGUGAGAAGAUUCUUAUUGGAGCGAUCAUAGAGAAGAGUCCAGCAGAUCUAGACGGGCGAUUACGGCCGGGAGACGAGCUGCUGUUCGUGGACGGGAUCCCAGUGGUGGGGAAGGCACACAGAUACGUUAUCGACCUGAUGCACGCGGCGGGGCGCAACGGACAAGUCAACCUGGUCAUCAGGAGAAGGGCGCAGGCAGGAGGUGAGUCGUGUCCAGAAAACAGCCGCAGUCCGGGCUCCGCCUCCACGCAGCACAGCUCGCCUCACAGCGACUACACGUACGCAAACAGCACCAGCCAGACUGCCAACAGCGGCCCAGGCAACGCCUCCGCUGCGUCAGACGGGAUGUCCGCCGCCAACACAAAGCCGAGCGACGUCACAAUCAGCAGGAAGGAGAGCGAAGGCUUCGGCUUCGUCAUCAUCAGCUCGCUCAACCGGCCUGAAACGACUGCAACCAACACUGUGCCCCAUAAAAUCGGCCGGAUCAUCGAGGGCAGCCCGGCUGACCGCAGCGGGAAGCUGAAGGUGGGAGACCGGAUCCUGGCGGUCAAUGGCCAGUCCAUCGUCAGCAUGCCGCACGCCGACAUCGUCAAGCUGAUCAAGGACGCCGGCCUGAGUGUCACUCUGAGGAUCAUCCCACAGGAAGAGCUCAGCAACCCUCCGUCAGCGACGGCCUCAGAGAAGCAGAGCCCCAUGGCUCAACAGCACAGCCCAAAGGUCCAGCCCAACGCUGCAGCCUCCCAGUCCAACCAAGCACCAGUAGAAUCUCACCCAUCUGCUGCUCAGCCCAACCCAGCUCCCCAUCACAGCCCUGUGACCCAACUUCCUGUUCCUCCUCCUCAGACCUACACCCACGACAGCAGUUACAGAUCUGAGGUGAAGGCCAGACAAGACGUUAAACCAGACAUCAGACAACCUCCUUUCACGGAUUACCGGCAGCCACCGGUGGAUUACCGGCACCCUCCUGUGGCGGACUACAGGCAGCCGCCCACGCUGGACUACAGACAUCCGCCGCUGCUGGACUACAGGCCGUUCGCCAUCCCAGACUACAGGAUGCCUCCGGUUCAGCUUUCGCAGGACUUUGACUAUUUCACAGUGGAGCUGGAAAAAAGCGUGAAGGGCUUCGGUUUCAGCAUCCGAGGAGGGCGGGAGUACAAGAUGGACCUGUUUGUCCUGCGGCUGGCGGAGGACGGACCGGCCAUCCGCAACGGGAGGAUGAGGGUCGGGGACCAAAUCAUUGAGAUUAAUGGAGAGAGCACCAGAGACAUGACCCACGCCAGGGCCAUCGAGCUCAUCAAGGCCGGGGGCAGACGGGUCCGUCUCCUCCUGAAGAGGGGGACGGGCCAGGUCCCAGAGUACGACAACGCCGCCCCAUGGGAUGGUCGCCCUUCAGCCUCCCCAAGCCUGUCGGAAGUAGGCCCUCCCUCUGACAGCCUCUCCAUGCCAACGCCUUCAUCUCAUUUGGCCCCGGCCCCCGACCCUCCUCAUCUGCCUCCUCUAGACGCCGCCCGGGACACCAGCAGGACGGAGCGUUCCAAGAGCCCCCAGAAAGCCGAGCUGCUGCUGAACAGAGACGCCAUGAGUCAGGGGAGGAGAAUCGCCAAAAGCAACGGUGGCAGGUCCACCCAUAAGGGACACAGGCUGCAGCAGCAGCAGCAGCAGCACACUACUGAAGGAGACGGGGACAAGGAGGGACAAGGCGGGGAGUCCAAACCUGUGAGGAGCACCAGAGGACGGUCCAAGGAGAGGACUCACUCUCCCGGCGGCUCUAAGAUCCCACACACUAACGGGAACAGCAGGGAAAGCGCAGAGCGAAGGGGCAAGAGCUCCAGCAGCGCCACCGGAGCGGGGAGGAAGGCCACGGUCUCGCCCGGUCCGUGGAAGAUCCCUGGAUCGGACAAGCUGCCCAGCACGCUGCGCGCAGGCGCGUCCACGCUCAGCAGAUAACGCCGCAGCAGCAGCAGCAGCAGCAGCAGCAGCAGCAGCAGCGUCCACGUUUGUCUGGACUGAACCACCACCUCCACAUCCCCAAACACGAAGCGGGGCGGGCUUAUCUGGACCACGACUUUUAAAACUUUUAUUUAUACUACUGUACUUUAAAUUAUUCUGAAGCAUUAUGUUACACCCACCACCUUAAGAACUGGAAAGUCAUCCACUUUAAGAAAGAGCAAUCAGUAGCAGAGCGAGAACUUUCUGAAACCUCUGAACUCCCGAGCAGAGCUGGACAGAAAGCAGGCUGGGAUUUUUUAUAUAUAAAUAUAUUUACUGUUCAAAUUGUAGUCUAUUUUAUGAAGAGGAAUGUUGAAAGGUGACCUAUUAUACUUCCUUGAACCGGUUAGGAUAGGUUUAUGGUUUAUACAAAACAUGUUUAUUACAUUUUUUUGCACAAAAUCAUUCUUAAAUGAUGAGAUUUUAGUCAGUUCUCCUUUCAGUGUCAGCUGUUUUCGGGGCUCUGCCACUUUAAAGCCAAUCCACGACCCAGACUCAGCGUUUACACUCACACAUGAAAAUGGCUGCAGAUGGGCAAUUAUACAAAGGCAUGUCUUUGAAAAGCAGAAGUGGAGCCUCCUGCGCAACCAACAGGAAUGCAGAAAGUGGUUUCUGCAUGGUAAGUCAACAACAAAACAUUUGUCUUUUCCAGCCGAGUAGGUUUGUCUGCAGACGAAGUAGGCGUUUCCAAAGGAAGGCGUUUCUCAAGAGGCACACUUGACUGGACCAAAUUAACGCCAUUCAAGCUAGCUUACAUCUCUGGCAUCAGACUUUAAUUUAUUUUAGUUUCAUGAGCUUUUUGUUGUAACUUGGAGGUAUCUGAAUGUCUUAUAGUUACACUUUAAGCACUUAACGACAAACACUGUGUUAGCCAGUUCAAUAUUGGUGGCGUCUCUCUAACUUCUCCUCCCGCCUCUCUUUCCAGAGAGCAUCCAGGUACAUUUCAAAACAAGAGCAUCAACAUAAAUCACAGGGUUUUAAUAACAGUAGCAAUUUUCCUGAGAUGUUUAGCAGUAGGAGGCACUAAAUGUUGAACAAAAUCCAUUUUGGUUACUGAAAUGAUGUGAAAACGGACAUAAGGUGUUAAAAACACUGAAAAACUGUUACUUUGAGUGGCAUUGAGACAAAUGAAUUGUACCCUUAGCUUCUUAUGCCAUAUUUUUAAAGCAACCACCAAAUGUGAUUUUUGUAAGUGUCUGAAAGGUUUUUGCUCUUUAGAAACGCCCACUUUCAGUCUGCAGAUUAACCCUAUCUUUUCCAGCAGCCAUUGUACAGCGUAUACAGCAGUAAAAAUUAGCUGACCAAAUGUGCUGGAGCUCCACUUGGGUUGCUAGGUGACGACAGAACUCUGCUGGGGUUGCUAGGUAAUGAGCUGGGCUUCUCUGGGGUUACUAGGUGAAAUGACUCAUUUUCCAGACUCUAAAAUUCAUUAAUUUAUUGUCAAAAAAUGGCUUUUUUAAGCGUUUGGUCUGUUUUCAGAAGCAGUAGAAACCCAAAUAGAAGUAGAAAGUUAGCAAAAAAAAAAUCCAAAGAAGUAUGAUGGGUCCCCUUUGUAAGAAGGUUUGUCUGCUUUCUGAGGCGUGAAUGAAUCAAAACGUGACAGCAGAGAAGAAAUCCACUCAUCAGCCGAGCUUUGCCUUAACAGAGACCGCUCUCAACUAAUCCAUCACAUGAUUAAAAGAUACUAUAUAAAAAAUAUUAAACAGUUUGUAAAUAAGACCAUCUUCAACGUGAAGAAUCUUAUCAGAAAACCGAUGAGAGUUCAAGCAAAGCGACUUGGGGUUUCCUCUGCGAUCGUCUGUUUCUGUUCUGUACGAUUGUCUCGUUUAUCCAUUUUUAUCGUCAUUCUUGUGCU